AUGCGUCAUUUCGGUUGGGAUAUUGUCAUUGGACUACGGUACGAAUGGGUUAACAUCCCUUACAACGGAUGUAGCAAGUGGAACGAAAGAGCACCAGGGUGCAUGAUGUGGCAUGUCUACGUGAGAGCAAGACACGCCAAGCGGGUGGACCGGGCAUUACGCCUGUGGCUCCACCCCUUGACUCCAAAGAAAGAUUUUCCGUGGUGUGUCGUCACCCACUACAUCAGCGAUUGGAAGGCAGCUCAAAAUGGGAUAGUCAGUGUUAAGGCCGUUGGUCCAGUGAAGGAUGAGAAGCUGACCAUUAUUUCGAAGCACAACGAUUUUGUUGAACUUACUCAGGCCAAGUACUGCCCAGUCAAGAUCCCAGGAAUGCUUAAACAGGCGACCACAAAAGAUUUUGGCCCUCGCACCUGUUUGUCCAUGUUCCUCUCGGUCAAGGCACGGCCAUUGCACGCUGAUAAAGUUGCUGCUGCCGAUGUGGACACCGAUUCCGAGUUUACAAAAGUGUCGACCAAAGGGAAGAUGAAGAUAAAGAAGAAGGUCCCAAAAACUUCCAAGAAUCUGUCUCUUGAGAACAAGGGCCCUGUUCUGACACCAGCGCAACAGCGCCGGGCCCGAGAGUCGGAAAGGAAGCGAAAAAUGGACCUGGAGAAUAAUGUCCCAAGCCCGCUGUUCAUCAUGGUUCUACCUGGCAAAAUGGAAGGGACUUAUCUCUUCAUCAGCCGGUUGAAGUACGCAGCCUUGGCAACAAACGUUUUGAAAGGACUGGUUCCGUUCUUCACUCAUCAUUUGGGGGAAUCAACGACUACUCGAUCCAACAGAGUUCUGGGCAAAUGGUUCCCUAAGUCUCUCAUCCACACAACACGCCGCAAGGAACUUGUGUGGUGCUUGGAGACUCUACGGGCACGACCAGCCGACCAAACUCAACAGGGCAUUGACAAAGCUAUCGACUUUUUGGAUGGGUUUGGCUCUGAUCCUCUGGAUGUCGGUGAAGCAAAGUUGGAAUUUGAUAUGGAUAUGGCAGACGCUAAAGAUAUUGACGACGGAGCUACGGUCGCUGGUGCCAUGGAUGAGUUGCUGGAAAAGGAUAGUCAACUGGAGGCUGCUAUCACGGAGAUUGAAUUCAAGGACAAUCUCUUGUCCAAACAGAAUUCUGCUUUGGAGGCCGAAUGA